AUGCCUGCUUCUCCAACCGGAUUUGGUCACUACUUUGUGGACAGAAACGUCUCCAUGCCUGCUGGAUAUCAAAUACUGGGCUGUGCACCAGGGGUACAGCAACAGCAGCCUCCUCCUCCUCCUCUUCACCUGGCUGCCAUGGCCGGGAUGUCACUUCCUUUUUCAGGAAUACCGGGAUACACUUUCAUUCCUUUCCCACACCUUGGACACAUGUCCCACAUGAGGAGCUCAUAUGACCUGAAAGCCGCAUCAUCUUAUCACCAGGCUGUGCUGAGCCGCAGCGGGCCGUUGUUCUCUCCGUACAGGCCGGUGCUUGGAGAUGAACCAGGACGCGUGGCCAAAGUAGCGAGCAGGGAAAGCACCGGCGCGCUGAAAGCCUGGCUCAGUGAGCACCUCAAGAACCCCUACCCCACCAAAGGCGAGAAGAUCAUGCUGGCCAUCGUCACCAAGAUGAGCCUGACCCAAGUGUCUACGUGGUUCGCCAACGCGCGCCGCCGCCUCAAGAAGGAGAACCGCGUCAGCUGGGCAUCUAAAGCCAAGAGCGAUGAGGAGGCUGAGGAGAGCGAAGAAGAAGACGAUGGAGAUCUUUCUGGCUCCUCGCAGAAGGAUCGAUGCUCGGACGAUGAGGACAGUCAGAUUGUUGAUGUUGAGGAGGAGUUGAGCGCAGUGGAGAUGGAGUCCCCGCGCGCGGCUCAGGACCGACUCACGGAAGGACUCGAACCACCACACCAAGGUGACACUUCCGGCUCCGGAGCCCUUGAGGUUGGAUGCGAAUCAGCGAAUAAGGAGUGUAAAGAAAGUGCAAAUGGACAGAAACCGAAAAUCUGGUCUCUAGCAGAGACAGCCACUUCUCAAAUUCCAGUCAAGAAGAGCAAUCAUCACCAAGAUUUUAGCAAAUGGUGGGCAAACUGGGCUUCCAGAAGCAGCUCCUACUCACCUGCAAGCUACUCUGCACACUUUCUUCCACAAAGUCAGUUGAACUCCUAA